AUGGGUAAAGAUAAGAAUGCAGGAGGUGCAAUUAUAGCUACUGAAUAUACACCAAUCAAGAAUGAUGAUACAGUUGAAUUCUUAAGUGGUAAUAGUAGUAGUAGUAGUAGUAAUAGAAAAGAGAAAAUAAGUAGUACCGCUAGAGAUGAAGUAUCGACAACACCAAAUGAUAAACUACCAACCUCUAUCAUCUUUAUUAUGGGCAGUGAAAUAUGUGAGAGAUACUCAUUCUACGGUAUAAGAACGAUUCUGGUCAUCUAUUUAACAACCUUUAUGCUGUACUCUGAUGACCAAGCAACCACUGCACUUCAUACAUUCAAUUUCGUUACUUAUUUUCUUCCAUUGUUAGGUGCAUAUUUAGCAGAUGGUGUAAUUGGUAAAUUCUAUACGAUUCUCUAUUUCAGUUUAGUUUAUUCGGUGGGUGGUAUAUUCUUGGCGUUAUCCGCCACUCCAAGUGUCAUCGGAGAGGAUCCCGAGAAGAGAUCGCCAUGGGCAUUAAUCUUAGGUCUUGGUUUAAUUGCAGUUGGAACUGGUGGAAUAAAGCCAGUUGUUAGUACAUUCUUAGGUGAUCAAUUGGAGAGAAAUCAAACACAUUUAUUACAACGUUUGUUUCAGAUAUUCUAUUUCAGUGUUAAUUUCGGUGCUACACUCUCUACAUUCUUGGCACCGAUUUUCAGAGCUAAAAUAUCAUAUUGGUUUGCAUUUGGAGUGCCUUCUGUACUGAUUUUGAUUUCAACUGUAAUCUUUGUGGUCGGUGCCAAACGUUAUAAAAAACGACCCAUUCAAGGUUCGAUUAUGUUGACCGCUGCUAAAAUCGUUGGUUUCGGUAUCAAAGAGAAAUUCCUAUCACUACGAUACAGUUGUAGAUCCACCCCAGUCACUCAUUGGUUAGAUAGAUCAAAAUCAAAAUAUGAUAGUCAUACAGUUGAUGCUGUGAAAGCUGCUUUAAACGUUUUAUUGGUAUUUUUAUCAUUACCAUUCUUUUGGGCGAUGUAUGAUCAAUCUGGAAGUAGAUGGACACUCCAAGCGAGAUCAAUGAAUUUAUCACUUGGAUCGAUUACAGUGGAACCCGAACAAAUCCAAACAUUAGGACCUGUGUUAGUACUUAUUUGUAUUCCGCUAAGUGAAUGGUUAAUAUAUAGACCAUUAAGAAAUAGAAAUAUUCAAUUCCAUCCACUUAGACGAAUGAUUAUUGGAAUGUGGCUGGCGGUUGCAUCGUUUGUAUUCACAAUGUUUCUACAAUUGAAAAUCGAUGCCAAUCCACCAAAUACAAUCUCUGUUUGGUGGCAAAUCAUUCAAUAUCUUAUUAUGACAUGGGGUGAAGUAUUUAUAUCUAUAACUGGUUUAGAAUUUGCAUAUUCACAAGCACCAUCAAGUAUGAAAUCAAUUAUUAUGUCCGGAUGGCUAUUAUCAAUUGCUUUUGGUAAUUUGUUUGUUGUGGUAGUAGUGGAUGCUAUCCAUCUGAAAGAACAAUGGCAAGAGUAUUUAUUUUUCGCAUCGGUGAUGGCAUUCUUUACUUGUGUAUUCAUGGUGAUAGCCUAUCGCUUUAAAUCUGCAGAUGACUCUAUCAUACAUUACAACGCUGAAAUCGAUGAAGAUACCUCUGAAGAUUCUAUUCAUAAACAUUUAAAUCAAUUCCAAGCUAAUAACAGUAACAAUAGAAAUAGAGAUCUAUCAGAAUCCAACGAUACACUUUUAAACAGCAACAACAACUAUGACAAAGAAUAUGAUGAUAAUAAUAAUAAUAACGAUGAUCGUCAUUCACUAACUUCAUCAUCGAAUUCAUACCAAAUAUAA